UCUGCCUGCCAGUACCAGCUCUACUGAGGCGGGAAACGCGUUCGUUAGUGUCAUUAGUUGGGGUUUCGCUGCCUGAGUGACACGUACGGGUGAGCGGAGGGCUUCUGCUGGGGUUGAGCCGCCGCGCUCUUCUCGUGGAAGCACUUCACUAUGGACCAAUUUGAAGAUUCAUCAGAUGGUGAAGUGGAUCACACUUUCUAUGAGAGUGAUUUUGGAGAGGAGGAGAAGAAAACUGAAGCAAAUGGUGAAUAUAUAGAGAAAGGAAGUACAAAGGUAGCUCAUUCUGACCCUGACUUGAUUGCUAGUUCAAAGGAUGCAAACUGUUGUGAGGAGGAAAAUGAAAAGAAGCAGGAAGAUUUGCAGAAGAGUCGGUUCCUAGAAGAUAGCGAGGACAAUCCUGGGGAUGCUUCAUCUUUUUUACUUCCUCCAGUUCAUGAGAAUGCGGGCACAUCUGGAGCAACAUCUGCAGCAAGCAGGAGAAUGCAGGAAAAUGUUCCUGCUGGAAUCCCUGAAAUAAAUUAUUACACAGAUGAAGAAGAUAGUAGUGAUGAUAGCAGAAAACAGAUUAGACCAGAGUCAGCUAAGCAGUCAUACAAUGCAGGAGGGGCUAGAAGAACGUACAGUACUACCAGCUCCUCUUCUUCAUCCUCAAGCUCAGAUACAGAUUCUGAUAGCUCUGUAUCAGAUUCAUUGCAUUCUUCCUCCAAGAGAAAUGCUUGUAGUGUGGCUCUUCCAUCUCCCAAAGAAAAAUUUGCAUCAGCAAUAAAAUUACCAGAAGGAAAACCAAAGCUUGGAGACCGUGCAGAGGAAUCUGAAGAUGCAGAAUCCAAGUCUGAUUUCAGCAGCAGUGGCUUACAUGAUGGUAUGGAUUUGAAUCAGCAUUUGAAAGGUUUAUCCAGAUGUGAUUCUUAUCCCAGUGAAUCUUGUCUAAUAUUAAUGUACAGAAGAAAGCAUUCAGUUCUGAAAAAUUGCAAAAUACAUGGAUCUGAAAUUCAGAUGGGGGAGGAAAAAGCUGCUCUACGGUUGAAGAAUGAAGAGCAGCGAAAACUAACUGUAGGUCAUACAUCUGGAAGAACAAGGGAGAAGUUUUCCGCCAAUGAAGAAGUUAAGUAUUGCUCUGAUUUAAAAACCGCUCUGGAGUUGAGGGAUAAACGACAACAAAAACUGGGUGUCAUUCGUCCAUCUAGAGGAACAAGGAAAAAUUAUUCUUUCACAAAUGAAGAAGUUAGACGAAUUGAUCAGGAAAACCAGAGGCUGCUCCAUGAACUGGCCCGGCUGUGUGCGACACCGGGAAGCAGAACCAACGUGCUGAAGAAGUCGGCUUCUCCGUCUCUUCAAGUGUACCACAGUGCCAUCAACAGGCAAAAAGAGCAGCAGAGGAUUGAAAAAGAAAACCUGGCUUUACUGAAGAGACUGACAGCAGUGAAGCCAACACCUGGAAUGAAGCGUUCCGAACAACUGUGGGACUAUCAGCGUUAUGUGAGCUAUGCAAGUGCUUCACCGUCUGCAAGAGAAGAAAGUUCUCUUUCCAGGCAGCAUGGUCUGUCUCGAGUCCCUUCAAGAACAUACACUGCAUCAAGCACAAUGAGGCAGAAGAAGGAAAAGCUUAUGUCAGUUUCACCUACUGGGGCAUCACAGAGACCUAAAUCCACUAAUGUUCAUGCUGCUUGUUUGUAAGUGCAUGCUUUGCUUCACAAUUUGCAAUGUUCUAUUGGGUUUCUAUUUUCAGCAAGUGCAUGUGUGGAAAAUAUUCUCCAUUGUUUAAUGAUUUAAAUGCAUAGUAAACUAAUGGCUUAUUAAAUGGUUUCAUGCAUAUGCUCUUGCAUCAGUCAGUGUUUUCUAUGAGAGGGAGUAUUUAUGAAAGAGAAGCAUUUAAAUAUGUGGUAUGUAAGUGGAAUUUGUGUCUGUGACAUGGGAGGACAGAAUUGCUGUACUCUAGAACUUAAUUCCUAGUCUGGUACUUCUCAUCCUGGCUUUAGGUAAGUCUUCUGAAUGUUUAGGUCAUGUUCAGAUGUCUCUUUGAAAGAAUCUUCCUUUUAUAGCAGCAUAAAGAGGUAAAAAGCUAGAAUACAGAUAUUGCAGAAGGUGUUACUCUGCCAUGAUUAUAGAUGGCUCAAAGUGAUGAGAUUCAUUUUGUAUGCAAGGCUGUCUCUCUUUGAUACUUAAAAUGAUUUUGGAAGUUACACUGGGACCUUUGCAAAGGGAAGAAGCAUACGAUGCUCUUUCAACACCAGAGACUGAAGUUUGAAGUGAACAACAGUUCCAGAUUUACUCUAAAUAAGUUUUAGAUUCUUCCCAGGCUAGAGAAUAGAAAGCAAAGGAAUCAUUUCAUGGCUGUGCUUUUGUAUAUCCUUACCUGUAAGUGGGAGAUAAAGCUUGAGCUGAAAGAAAUUUUCAACAUUUGCUUAUGAGGGCAACUAUUUACCAAGAUUAAAAAAAAGAGAUUCAAAAUAAAAUCUUAUGCUUUGUAGCCCAUUUUUACAAUGUUAGGUUCACACCAAAUGUUUAUAGUAGUGUCCAAUAGACAGGCUUCAGUAUUAUGUCCAUUUAUAAGGGGAGCAAAAUUUAAUGUGGUUGUCAAAACUUAAUGUAGUUGGCAAGUGUAGUAGGUGCCAUGCUUCAUUUCUGUCUGUGAAGGCAAGCUUAGAGUGCGCUUGUUUUGUUGGGCUGCAGUCUUAUGAAAAGCAUAAAUUGCGAUGCUGCUGUCUGUAGCUGUUGUUAGGAAUCCUGCUUGCUUUCCCAACGUCUUCGUGGGAGAGGUACAGAAAAUCUUUGUAUUGCGUGUAAGCAAAAAAGCUGUAUUUGGUAGUGUUGUCUUGGCCUUACAAAAAAAAAAAAAGCAAACUUACUAUUCUUUACUCAUGCUUGCACAAGGGUCUAUGCUCUCAAGUAUUCUGCAUAGUAACAAACUUUUUGCUGGGUCCUGUAUGGUAGUUUGGCAGAGCUUCUGCUCCUCGUGACCUGCAGAUCACAUUUAGCUGUUUGGCAAUAUUUAAACUUUUAUCUUGAAGCAGCAUUGUGGCAAACAGAUUUUAUUACAAUUAUUAUGUGUUGAUAAGGAGUAUAAGGCAUUCUUUUGCAUAGAGCUGCUGUGUUUAUUUAUAAUAUUGUGCUAGUUAAAAUUAUUCACCAUUUGAAGACUUCUGUCCUUGAAUGUGAGUAUCAAGGUCACAGUUCAAUACUUCUGAAUGUUCACAUGAUAAUUCUCUUCUGGAAAGGAGCUUCCAAAAUGGAUUACUUUUAAUAACUUCAUUUUAUUUAACUUCAGUAUGAAAUACUGUCCAUUUUUUGUCAUUUUUGUAAACUGUAAGAAAAUGAGUAACAUGGAAUGGUUGCUAGUACAGUGACUUUUCAUAAUUCUAUAUCUGAUAUUAAAUUGCAAAGGAUGUAAUUGGAGAAAUGCUUACCUGCAGUGGAGAUUGCACUUAUCAGUGACACUGGUGUGUGGUAGAUUUCUUUGUUUUUGGUUUAAAUAAGCUAUAUAGACAGGUUUUCAUUGUUAGCUGAUUUCAAUUUUUAUAACAAUAAAUUCUAAUAGAUUCUGUCACUUUAUGUUCUCUCCUGCCUUUUUCCCCCUCCCAAUUUUUUCAAAACAGAAAGUGUAAGCAGCAUCCUUAAAUUUUAAUUCCUGGGAACCUCAGACUUUGAACAAGUUGGAAGAAUCAGGCAAGGCCAUUCUUCAUAUGGAGUUCAUAGGAUUUUCUCUGUACCAGAGCCUAUCUUCUGCCAGAUUGUUUGCAGCAUUUACUGAAGAUCCUGAGGCAUCUCAGCUGGUACCCCUCACUCAGAUAAGCAUUGGCUAGCUACAUUUGUCUUGUAUGGUGGGUGUUUUCCUACUUGUCAGCUAAACAAUUUCAGGAUAAAUCCCUACAGAUAGCUGAUAUUUUUCUUUCUAACAUGUCAGCCAAUAAAGUUUCCUUUUGACUCCUU